UAGAGGUAGUUAAUCUUAUAAGUGAAGACGAUACUGACGAUGAAGCUGAAGCCAAUCCUAUGCAUGAAUAUGAAGUUGAUUCUGAUAACGAUAAUGAAGCUACUUUUAAUAGUGAAAGUGAAGACGAUUAUUAUAAAGCAGAGGAAAUUAAUUAUAUUAACGAUUGGGCAUAA